AUGACCAAGAAGAGAAGCUGGAAGAACAAUAAGAUUGUGAUACUCACCGAAGAAUGCAGUGCCAUCAUCCAGCAUAAAUUGCCCCAGAAAUUGAAGGAUCUUGGGAGCUUCCAAAUCUCUUGUAUCAUAGGGGAAAUCACAGUAGAGAAGGCUUUAUGUGAUCUAGGAGCUAGCAUAAAUCUGAUGUCCCUAGUAAUGAUGCGGAAAAUGAGGAUUGAGGAAGCCAAACCAACAAGAAUGGCCCUGCAACUAGCAGAUAGAUCAUUCAAGUUUCCCCACAGAAUAGUAGAAGACUUGUUGGUGAAGGUGGGAGACUUCAUCUUUCCAGCAAACUUCGUAGUAUUAGACAUGGAGGAAGGAGCUAAGACUUUCAUCAUUCUGAGAAGACCAUUUUUAGCCACUGUGGAAGCCAUUAUUGAUGUACAAAAGGGUGAACUUGUCCUUAGAUUACAUGAGGAGAAAAUGAUAUUCAAUGUGUUCAAGGCUAUGAGUUACCCAUAA